AUGGCGGCAUCGUCCAUGUGCCGAGACGAGAGCGAUCAAUUUAUGCAAUGGCUUGAAAGCCGAUUGCUGCAGUUGAAUGCCGACCUUGAUGUCAGUGUAUUCGUCAUGUACAUUUGUGGCAUCCUAGAGUCAUACAGUGGAUACGAUGAUAAGAAAGAAGUCUUGUUAGACAUUGUCGGUGAAAUAGCGGAAGAUAAUAAAGAAGCAGUGUGUGAUGAAUUGAUACAAAAAUGGGAUGAAAUGUCCAACACUGAUAGUAAACAAGGAGAAGAAAGCACGACCACUGCAAUUGAUGAGAGAUUAUCGCAGAUGCUGGGUAACACUCAUGUCACAACCAAUUGUACCGAGAAAAAAAGCAAACAGUUAAGUGAAGAGGAGAGAGCUCGCAAGGAAGCCAUUUUGGCGCAAUAUUCAAACAUUUGUGAUGAAACAGAUCUUGAUGAUAAAACAGAAGCAAUUGAAAAAAAACAAAACCCAUUUUGGAUGCUGGAGGAAAUGACAGCUCCUUCAUCUAUUUUCAAGAAAAUUUUUACCAUAGGAACAUUGAUAGCAGCAGCAGCAGCUACCAUUCCUGCAGCAUCAUCCAUUAAUUUUAGUCUGGAGCACAAUCAGAACAAAGAGAAUAAGGAUGCUGAGAAUACCAUGGACCGAACAUGUAAAAAUCUAACAAAGAAUCCACUGCAUCAAGAAAAACAAUUCACAUUUAAUAUGGUGUAA